AUGGACGAGUAUGAUUAUAAUUAUGCUACCUAUGAUAUAGAUAACUUUACAAAUAAUUUUGAAGAUAAUUUAAUUAAUUAUAAUCAAAUCGAUUUUAUAAACGACAACGCAGAAAUUAAUAAUUAUUCCAACGAAUAUUAUGCAUAUGACGAAGAUUUAGUAGAAGAAAAUGUGUCAGAAAAAAGAAUUCAUAAUAAGGUUUUAUUAUCAAAUGAUAAUGAAUUUGAUAAUAAUUUAAUUAAUAUAUCAAAUGAAAUAAAAACAGAAAAUAGUAAUAAUGAUACUUCACUUUUAAAAAAAAGAAAAAUAAUUAAUGAUAUUCUUUUAAAUAUAAAAAAAAAAAUGAAGAAAAAUGAUACACUUUGUAUUAUAUGUUUACAAAACGAAAAGAAGUACACAUUUACAUGUUGUUAUGAAUAUUAUUGUUCCUUAGAAUGUUUUAAAAAACAUGAUCAACAGAAAUGUCGAAAUCAAAAUAAAAAUGAACCUAAAAUAUCUGGAAGUCAUAAUAUAAAUAUGGAUGAUAUAAAAAAUAGUAAUCAUCAAAAAUAUGAAGAUACUUAUUAUUAUCAAAAUGAAGAAGACAUAAAUAAAAAACAAAAUGAUAAAGUCAUUGAAAAUACUAUUAAAUUAGAUAAUGAAAAUAAAAAAAAUGAAAUAAAUAAUAUUAAUGAUAUGGAUACAACAUGUUCAAAUUUUCCAAAUAAUAAUCUAUCAACAUCAUUGUUAAACAAUGAUAAUAAUAUACCAAAUAAUAAUGAGAACUCUGAAUCAUCUGAUGAUUAUACAGAUGAUUAUGAUAUGUUAACAGAAGAACAAAAAAAAAAAUUAAAAGAAGAUCAUACAUUAAAAAUACUAUUAAAAAAUAAUUAUGUUAGGGAAGUUUUUAAACAAUUUACAUUAUCAAAUGAUAAAAUUGGAUAUCUAUCUCAUUAUAUAAAUGACCCUACUAUAGUUCAAGUUAUUGAUCAUAUAAUGAAGACAAUAGAUGACACCUAA